AUGGCAACCAAUGUGUUCAUCAGUAACCAGCAGCCUCAACCUCAGCCUCCGACGCUGAUCGCUGUCCACUCCAACCAAUGGAGCACAGGCAUCUGUGACUGCUUUGAUGAUUUAGAAGUCUGUUGUUUUGCUUACUGCUGCUUUCCUUGCUUUGCCUGCAAAACCACCUCUGAUUUUGGGGAGUGUUUCUGUCUCCCCCUGCUGGAUAUGUUGUGGACCAGCAUGCAGUUUAUGUGCGUCCCAACAUGCACUCCUCCUAUUGCAAUGUCCAUGAGGGUUGCUGUGCGUCACCGCUACGGAAUUGAGGGUGGCAUGGCAGCUGACUGCAUAUAUGCCACUUUCUGCAAUUUGUGCUCCUGGUGCCAGGUGGCUAGAGAGAUCAAGAGACGCAAACCAACACACACUGUCAUCAACGCCCAGCCAGCUUUCGUGGGUGCCCAGCAAUAUAUGGUAGCCAGCCAGCCUGGGGUCAUCACCUCACAGCCUAUGAUCUCAACUGCUCCUCAGGCUGUCCUAACUCCCAUGUAA